UUGAAACUGACCUUUGUUCUCCGGCUCUUCUGCAUCCGCGAGAGACUCUGCCACGGUUCCUGCGUAUUUAGAACCUGCGUUCGCCUUACGCCCGCGCAACCCUGUGUCUGAGUCCCUGCGUUACCGCGUACCCACACACAGGCCACUCGGAAGGAUGCAUUGUGUGCCGACGGCCGGAGCAGCCCUGGUGCUGUGUGCUGCCACCGCCGGACUGCUUAGCGCUCAGGGUCGCCCCGUUCCGGUGGAGCCGCCGCAGCGCUUCGCGUCCUGGGACGAGGUGAAUGUACUAGCUCACGGGCUCCUGCAGCUCGGCCACGGGCUGCGCGAACACGUGGAGCGCACCCAGGGACACCUAGGCGCACUGGAGCGGCGUCUGGGCGUGUGCGGAGCCGCCUGCAAGGAGCCGGGGGCAUCCGCCGCACCCCCGCACGUCCGGGAGAGUCUGGUCUCCCCCGGCAAGGCCGCCUCUGAGACCCUCCGCAGCCUGCAGACUCAGCUCAAGGCUCAGAACAGCAGGAUCGAGCAACUCUUCCAGAAGGUGGCCCAGCAGCAGCGGCACCUGGAGAAGCAGCAUCUGAGAAUCCAGAAUCUGCAGAGACAGGUGGGCCUCCUGGCCCCCAUGUACUUGGCCCAUGAGGUGGCCAAGCCUGGCAGGAGGAAGAGGCUACCCAAGAUGUCCCAGUUUGUUGGCCCCACUCACAAUAUAAGCCACCUGCACAGGCUGCCCCAGGACUGCCAAGAGCUGUUUGAAGAGGGAGAACGGCAAAGUGGACUGUUUCAGAUCCAGCCUCAGGGUUCUCUGCCUUUCCUGGUUAACUGUAAGAUGACCUCAGAUGGAGGCUGGACCAUAAUUCAGAGGCGCCAGGAUGGCUCUGUGGACUUCAAUCGGCCCUGGGAAGCCUACAAGACUGGCUUUGGAGAUCCCCAAGGGGAGUUCUGGCUGGGCCUAGAGAAGGUGCACCUGAUCUUGGGGGACCGCAGCAGCCACCUGGCUGUGCAGCUACAGGACUGGGAGGGCAAUGCCGAGUCAUUGCAGUUCCCUGUCCGCCUGGGUGGAGAGGACACAGCCUACAGCCUGCAGCUAACGGCACCUGUGGCCAGCGAGCUGGGUGUCACCACUGUGACACCCAGUGGCCUCUCCCUGCCCUUCUCCACUUGGGACCGGGACCACGACCUCCGCAGGGACAAGAACUGUGCCAAGAGCCUCUCUGGUGGCUGGUGGUUUGGUACCUGCAGCCAUUCAAACCUUAAUGGCCAGUACUUCCACUCUGUUCCUCAGCAGCGGCAGCAGCGUAAGAAGGGCAUCUUCUGGAAGACCUGGCGAGGCCGCUACUACCCACUGCAGGCCACCACCAUGCUGAUCCAACCCACAGAGGCUAAAGCAGCUUCCUAGCCUCCUUGCUGGGGCCUGGUCCCAGGUUCCUAGAGGACAGUGACUGUGACUUUGGCCCAGCAUGUGGCCACUCCCCGCCUGUGCAGGAGCUCCAGGCAGGGACCAUCUGGAGCCUUUUGGGCAGAGAAGAAGCCUUUGACUGGAGAGGCCUCCUUCCUUAUUGGGGGCUGCAAGCAAAACCCUCUGAGAAGGACAGGACUGUAAGGCACAGACCACAGAAGUGUGGGACCAAUGGGCAUUGAGGUCUGCUCCUUGCUUACCCAAGGAGUAGGGGAUGCAGAGGGACCACUCAGGGGCAACCAGGCCAGCCCUCAGGUAGAUUCAGUCAUGUUGACUGUCCAGAGGACCAGGGUGCCCUCACGGUGCUGUUGUAUGUGGGUGCUGUGGGACCAGCCCAUGCCAAUGGUGUCUGGGCAGAGCACAUAGAAUUAUUGGAAUAAAAGUAACCUUAGAACAUUU